AGUAUAAGGUUUUGAAGUCAUUUAGAUUUUUUUUUUUUUUUUUUUUCUCUUUUGUGAUAAGGAGAAGAAUCUACCGGGCCGAAAUCUGUCUGGUUCCUCCUACAAUGAAUUUUUUACUACACUACUUGAUUACUUUUUCCAUUUAUUACUUUUUUUUAAGGGAAUUAUCCAUUUAUUACUCAAGUAAUCGGAUAAAAUGAAAUAUACCUUAAUCAAAGAGGGCUAAUUUUCUUCCAGAAAAAACAGAGGGGUAAUUUUGGAAAAGGAAAAGGAGUGCGUUGAUACACUCGAACACACAGCUUUGGGUUUAUAGUUUAGUUACUCCUAAAUCCUCUAACCGGCGACUUGCCCAAACACUCAGUUUGCGCCUCAACUCGCUCGUCUUUUCUUGAACCCAGGGUUAUUUUCCAAUUUGAUCUAUUUGGGACAAGAAAAGGAAUUAAUUUGAGGUGGGAUUGAUUUGGGUUGGUUUGUUUAUCUGGGGUGAAAGAGUUUUGUCUAUGUUUUUGAGUAAGAGUUGUGUAGCUAAUUGAUUACAAUGGUGUCGUCGGCUCUAGCGUCUCGUGUCACCCUCCUUGCCCUUCUGUCUGCCACCACCUUUUACUGCUUCUAUAAAUCCCGCUGCCUUAAGCUUGCUUCUCAGAAGUUUGCUGUCUCUGCUCGGAACCCGAAACUUAUUUAUAUCACUCAAACUGGCACUUGUAAAACCCUAGCUCACCGUCUUCACAAGUUGCUUGCCUCAAAAGGUCUUGUUAUUGACCUUAUUGAUGUCAAAGAUUAUGAGCCGGAGGAUCUUUCGAAGGAAAGCCUUGUUUUGAUUGUGGCUUCUACCUGGGAGGAUGGAAAGCCGCCUCCUAAAGCCAAGUUUUUUGCUGAUUGGAUUGAGGAGAGCGCUAAUGAUUUUAGAGUAGGAUCACUUCUGCUCAAUAAGCUCAAAUAUGCAGUUUUUGGGGUUGGUAGUGGGGCGUAUGGAGAGAGUUUUGAUGUUGUGGCUAAAGGGAUUUCAAAAAGGUUGAAAGCUUUGGGAGCAAAUGAGGUGCUCCCGUUGAGGGAGGGUGAUGUGGAUGGAGGUAGAUUGGGGAAAGAGGUUGAUGCUUGGGGUGAGAAGUUGAUUGGGAUCCUAAAAGGUGUAGUUCAGGAAAAUGGGGUAAUUGCUUGUGGGAAGUUAGAUGAUGAGAGUGAUGCAGAGUUCGUCGAUGAGUCUGAUGAUGAAGAUUUGGAAGAAAGUGAGGAGGAAUUGGGUGUUGUUGAUCUUGAGGAUAUAGCAGGUAAGGGGCCAUCAAGGAAUUCAAAGAAUGUAGCGCAGGUUAAUGGGGUCAAGACUGACGGCAAAAAAGAAAUGGUCACUCCUGUAAUCAGAGCAAAUCUGGUGAAGCAGGGCUAUAAGAUAAUUGGUACACAUAGUGGAGUUAAACUUUGCAGAUGGACCAAAGCGCAACUUAGAGGCCGUGGAGGUUGUUAUAAGCACUCAUUUUAUGGAAUUGAGAGUCAUAGGUGCAUGGAGGCAACACCAAGCCUGGCAUGUGCAAACAAAUGCGUCUUUUGUUGGAGGCAUCAUACCAAUCCUGUAGGGAAGAGCUGGCAAUGGAAAAUGGAUGAUCCUGUUGAGAUUGUGAACACUGCGUUAGACCUUCAUACUAAAAUGAUAAAGCAAAUGAAGGGAGUUCCAGGGGUGCUGGAAGAGCGGUUGGCAGAAGGUCUUUUGCCCAGGCACUGUGCUUUGUCACUUGUAGGAGAACCUAUUAUGUAUCCUGAAAUCAAUACACUUAUAGAUGAGCUGCAUCAGAGGAGGAUUUCUACCUUCCUUGUUACAAAUGCUCAAUUUCCUGAAAAAAUUAAAUCAUUGAAACCAAUCACCCAGUUGUAUGUGAGUGUUGAUGCUGCAACAAGAGACAGUUUGAAGGCUGUGGAUAGACCCUUGUUUGGAGACUUUUGGGAGCGCUUUCUGGACUCCCUGACAUCUCUCAAUGAAAAGCAUCAACGGACCGUUUAUCGCUUGACUUUAGUCAAAGGUUGGAAUGCUGAAGAUGUAGAUGGCUAUUUUAAGCUCGUUUCACUUGGGAAACCUGACUUCAUCGAAAUCAAAGGAGUAACUUACUGUGGAUCAACUGCUACGUCAAAGUUGACAAUGGAAAAUGUUCCUUGGCAUGCUGAUGUAAAAGCAUUUUCAGAAGCUAUGGCUUUGAGAAGUGAAGGUGAAUAUGAGGUUGCUUGUGAGCAUGAGCACUCCUGUUGUGUCCUUUUGGCAAAGGUUGAUAAAUUCAAGAUAGACGGCCAAUGGUUCACAUGGAUAGAUUACGAAAAGUUUCACAACCUGGUGGCUUCUGGCGAGCCUUUCAAGAGCUCAGAUUAUAUGGCUCCAACACCACCUUGGGCUGUAUAUGGAGCUGUAGAAGGUGGAUUUGAUCCAAAAUAUGUGAGAUACAGGAAAGAACGAAAUCACAAGUCAAAAUGUCAAUCUACCUGAUAUAAAUUUUCAUCAUUGAGGACGACAGGGUUAAUCUUGUGCUAUUCAUUCCACAAGUGAGAUUUGGAAAGAAAUGGACUUAGUCAUGUAGCAAUCAAUCGAUAAAUGUUUUGCUUUUUUUCAAUCAACGAUGAUUAUCGUGAGAUUAGUCAGUCUUGUGCUUUUGGUCUCACCUCAAGUUCAUUUUUGGAAGUGUUCCAAGUAAACAAGAAGGUAAUUGUUUUACUGUUAUGAAGUUUUGGCAUAUUGAGUGAUAUAGAGGGUGGCAUCGGAAGACCUUGUUUUCGAGUUGCAGCGCAUCACACCAUCACGGUAGUAUAAACUAGAACAAUGAAAGGUUCUAACUUCAAUUGUGUACUAAUUUAGAUAGGCUUGCUGGAAGACCAUUAUUUUGUUUACUUUUCUGUUUCUUACAAUUUCCAUGAUUAUACAAUAAAACAUUUUACGUUAAUGGUAGAUUUUCAGCUACUUAAUUCCUUUUUAUCC